AUGACUCCACUCACCACUGUUCAAGCAGUCAUCGUCUACCUUUUCACAGUCCUGUCGCUUCACGUAAUCAUCUCUAAGUUACGUAACUAUUACCGUGGACGCCAGUUUAGUCGGAAACAUGGCUGUCUCCCUCCACCAAAAGCGCGACUCCGAGACCCCAUCAUGGGUAUCGAUGUAAUGCUUGCCAAUGCGCGAGCCGCGCGCGAGCAUCGCAGCCUGCAGACCUUUGAAGAACGCUUCUACUCAAUAGGCGUAACCUAUAGCAGCAAGCUCCUCUUCGGCGCUCGCAUCAUCAUCACCAUGGAUCCAGAAAACAUCCGCUCCGUUAUAAACACCAACUUUAACGACUACGCCCUUGCGCCCUUCCGGCAGCCGGCGCUGAGACACUUCCUUGGCGACGGCAUUUUCACGACGGACGGCGCAAAGUGGCAAGCUUCGAGAGCCUUGCUGAGACCCAACUUUGUGCGUGAUCAGAUCGCCGACCUUGAGACACUGGAGGUUCACGUCCAAGAUUUAUUCAAACUGCUCCCGAGAGACGGGGUGACGCCGGUAAACCUGCAAGAGCACUUCUUCCGCUUCACGCUCGACUCGGCGACCGAGUUCCUUUUUGGCAAAAGCGUCCACAGCCUGAAGCGGCAUCUCAACAGGCAGGACGAGACGGAUAGGUUAGAUGCGCAGUUUGAGACGGCAUUUGCUGCUGCCCAAGCAGAGUGCAUGGAGUUUGUCGGACUCGGCCCCCUUGCCAAGUAUGCGCAGGUCAAGUCGCAGAAGGAGGUGGAUGUUGUACACCGUUAUAUUGACCAGUUUGUCGAAAGGGCGGUAGCCUUCCGCAAGGACUACGAUCAAGCUGGGCAGGGGAAUGAUGCCGGAGGGGGGAAGCCAAAAUAUCUGUUCUUACAGGAACUGGCCAAGCAGACCACGGACAGAAGCCGUUUGCGCUACGAGCUGCUGAACGUGCUGAUGGCCGGACGCGACACCACUGCCAGUCUUUUGGGGAAUCUUUUCUUUGUGAUAUCAAAGAGACCUGACGUUUGGUCCAAGCUACGUCAUGAGGUUGAUGGUUUAAACGGGGCCCUGCCGAACUAUUCUACUUUGAGGGAUAUGCUGUAUCUUCGAGCCUGUCUGCGAGAGUCAUUGCGGCUACAUCCUGUCGUCCCAGUCAAUACACGCAUCGCCAUGGCUGACACAAUCCUCCCAAGGGGCGGUGGCCCCGAUGGGAACAGUCCCGUGUACGUAGCCAAAGGUACCGCCGUCGGAUGGUCCGUGUAUGCUAUGCACCGACGAAAAGAUAUCUAUGGACCAGAUGCAGAUAAAUUUCGCCCUGAGCGCUGGGACAACAUACGAGUCACUUGGGAGUAUCUCCCGUUCAACGGAGGUCCACGCAUAUGUCUUGGCCAACAGUAUGCAUUGACCGAAGCAUCGUAUCUCACAGUCAGAAUGCUGCAGGAGUUUCAGAACGCAGAGAACAUGGAUCAAGGAGAGUGGGAGGAAGAGCUUGCCAUCACUGCUUGUAACCGACGGGGAUGUCAAGUAGUACUUACCCCUAAAAGGCCCUAG